UCAAUGUACUUGCCUAGCUGCAGCCUGCAUGAUCUUUUCUUGUGUUUCUGUAUCACCUUAACAUGUUUAAAUGCUCCCUUUCCAUGUUUGGUAAUAAAGCUAAUCACUCAACAAUCAGUAAUUCUAAACAAUGGUACCAACGCCAUAAUUAAGGAUUUCAUUUUCUUUCAAGUUGAGAGAGAGAAAGGGUUGUGAGGUUUUUGUGGUGCUAUUAGAAUCUUUCUUUCCCCUCAUAAUCAUGCUUUUGAUCCAAGGGCUUUUAUGGGUCCAUUGCUUUCAUUGUCUUUAAUUUGCAGUGUAGGUUUGAAGGCCAUUUUGUGGCAAAAGUAGGAAAUUUGCUCUACUUACUACUCCACUUGCACUAGUAUCCUUUUUGAAGCUUUUAUGAAGUAGAAAGUUCAAAUCUUUGCUAAAUCUCUGAAUAUAUAUAGUGUUGGGUGUGUUUUCUUGACAUUGCUGCACUUUUAUUGCUCUUGAAUUCUGUUUAAGAAGUUGCAUUUUUCAUUGAAUUUUGCUGUACUUGUUGCUAUGUGGUGACAUUAUUGAUUUAGGAUGAGUAUAGUUAGGCUGGCUUUAGUUUGCUUUAGUUUCACUGCGGUAUUAGGGCAGCUCCCGUCUCGGGACUCUCUAGCGUUGCUCGAAUUCAAGAAAGGAAUCAGUCGUGAUCCGACAGGUUACGUGCUUGGUUCUUGGACCAAUGAGUCCAAUAAGAAUGUGAAGGGGUGUCCAUCUUGGAAUGGGGUAAUCUGUGGUAGUAGUGGUGAUGUCACAAGCAUUGUUCUUGACAAUCUUGGCUUGUCUGGAGAUGUGGAGUUGAGUGUGUUAGCAAAUCUCACAAAGCUUGAAAAGCUUUCAAUUUCAAACAAUUCAAUCUCUGGGAAGUUGCCUGAGAAUAUCAGCAGUUUCAAGAAACUCUUGCAUUUAGAUGUUUCUAGCAAUCUGUUUUACUCCUCAUUGCCAUUAGAGAUAGGAAAACUACCCCGGCUACAGAACCUCUCGCUCGCUGGAAACAAUUUCUCUGGCUCGAUUCCUGAUACGAUUGCUGGACUCACCUCUCUCCGAUCGUUGGACUUGAGCAACAACUCCCUAUCCGGGCCACUACCGUUGUCUCUAGCAAGGCUGGAGGGCUUAGUUUAUCUCAAUCUUUCAUUGAACGCCUUCGUGAAAGGCAUACCAAAAGGGUUUGAGAUGAUGAGUGAACUUGAUGUGAUCGAUUUCCAUGCAAAUAUGCUUGAUGGUGAACUUUCUCCAGAGCUUUUGCUACUCACCACGGCUAGUUAUGUUGAUUUUAGUGGCAAUUUGCUUGUGAGUUCAGCUAAAGAUCAGGAGAAGUUUCUACGAGGCGUCUCUCCAUCCAUGAAGCACCUGAACCUCAGCCACAACCGGUUCACUGGAUCAAACGUUGGUGGUGGCGUCCCUGAGGCUUUUGGAAGCUUGAAGGUCUUGGAUUUGAGCUACAAUCAGCUCUCCGGGGAGCUGCCGGGCUUCAGCUUCGUGUAUGAUCUUCAAGUGCUUAAACUUGGUAGUAAUAUGUUUACUGGUUCGUUCCCUAACGGGCUUUUAAAAGGCGACUCGUUGGUGCUGACAGAGUUGGACCUGAGCUGCAACAACCUCUCAGGAUCACUUAGUGUUAUUACAUCAACUACGUUGCAAAUCCUUAAUGUUUCCUCGAAUGUGCUUUCUGGGGAACUUCCACUCUCGACUGGAAGCUGUGCUGUUGUUGAUCUCUCGAAUAACCUUUUGGAGGGAGACUUGAAUAGGAUGCUGAAAUGGGGAAACGUGGAAGUCGUUGAUCUAAGCCAAAACCGACUGGGAGGGACCAUACCGGAGGUGACUGCUCAAUUCUUGCGUCUGCAUCACCUGAAUCUGUCACACAAUUCUUUAAACGGCUCUCUUCCAGAAGCUAUCACGUCGUUUCAUAAACUCGUGAUACUUGAUCUCAGCUUCAAUCAGUUGGAUGGACCUCUUUUAACCACUCUUUUAACAUCACCAACUCUUGCAGAACUUCACCUGCAUAGUAAUAAGCUUUCUGGUGGUAUUGAUCUUUUGCCUUCCUCUGGCGGAUCGAGUCUUCAAGUUCUUGACCUCUCGAGUAACCACCUCGAUGGUCACUUCCCCGAGGGUUUUGGAUUGUUUUCUGGACUCAAAGUGCUCAAUCUCGGACGAAACAAUCUCAGUGGCUCACUGCCUGCUUCAAUUUGUAACCUCACUGGCCUAAACUCAUUGGAUCUUUCUGAAAAUCAUUUAACUGGUCCACUUCCUAGUAAUCUAUCUAGUAAUCUCCAAAGCCUCAACGUCUCGUACAAUGAUCUCUCUGGCGUCGUCCCAGAAAAUCUGAGGAGGUUCCCUCAAUCUUCGUUUUACCCGGGGAAUUCUCAACUGCUGUUCCCUAAUCCACCUGGUUCCAGUAAUGCUACUACUUCAGGAAAUGGAAGCAGGAACCAUUUGAGUAUGGCUAUCAAGAUUACAAUCAUAUCUGCUUGUGUUGUUUCUCUGAUCAUCCUGAUCCUUCUCGCUGUUUUCAUUCUUCACAAACGCACAUCAAGAAGGCGUUCGCCACAUGUGAGGAACAAAGACUCUAGUGGUUUGUACUCUCCGAGCUUUUCUGGCUUUGGUGGAACGGACCGUACUAGUGGCUUGGUUGUCUCAGCAGAGGAUGUCAUAACACCGCAAAAGGGAUCAGUUUCCGACAAAGUUAGCCCAGACGAGAAAACAGCAGCAGCUACCAGCUUCUCCCCCUCGAAGAACAGCAACUUAUCUUGGUCACCCGAAUCUGGUGAUUCAUUCUCUGCAGAAAACAUUCCAAGAUUGGAUGUAAAGUCUCCUGAGAGAUUGGGUGGUGAGCUGACCUUUCUAGACGACACAGUUUCAUUCACGUCCGAGGAGCUGUCAAGGGCCCCGGCUGAAGUCCUGGGGAGGAGCAGCCACGGGACUUCCUACAAGGCGAGUCUUGAUAACGGGCUUUUGCUGACUGUGAAAUGGCUGAGAGAAGGAGUUGCAAAGCAGAGAAAAGAAUUUGCUAGAGAAACUAAGAAAUUUGCCAAUAUCAGACAUCCAAAUGUGGUUGGUUUGAGAGGCUACUACUGGGGUCCAACGCAGCACGAGAAGCUCAUCCUCUCCGACUACAUAUCUCCUGGCAAUCUUGCAAGCUUCCUAUACGAUCGGCCGGGGAGAAAAGGCGCCCCGUUGAGCUGGACUCAGAGGCUGAAAAUAGCUGUUGAUGUUGCACGCGGCCUCAACUACCUCCAUUUUGACCGCGCCAUCCCACAUGGGAACCUCAAGGCCAGCAACAUCCUCCUAGACGGGCCUGAUCUAAAUGCGCGCGUUGCUGACUACUGCCUGCACCGUCUGAUGACUCAGUCAGGCACCCUGGAGCAGAUUCUUGAUGCCGGUGUGCUAGGGUACAGAGCACCGGAGCUGGCAGCAUCAAAGAAGCCCGUCCCCACGUUCAAGUCGGAUGUGUAUGCCUUUGGGGUGAUCUUGCUGGAGCUGCUCACUGGUAAAAGUGCGGGCGAUGUGGUCUCGGGCGAGGAUGGAGGGGUCGACUUGACGGACUGGGUUCGGCUGAGGGUGGGCCAAGGCCGGGGAGCAGAGUGCAUCGAGGCUGCGUUGGGACCGGAGACGAGUGGCAACCCUGCAGUGGAGAAAGGGGUGAAGGAGGUUGUUAGUAUAGCAUUGAGGUGUAUAAAGUCUGUUUCUGAGAGGCCAGGCAUCAAGACUGUGUAUGAGGAUCUUUCAUCAAUCUAGUUCUGGUUUUUAAUUCUUUGUAAUUCUUCAUGCUUGGAUCAACUUACUUCCUUAGUUGUGAUAUUUGUUGACAAUAAUUUUUUGGGGAAAUGUGAUAGGAAAUCUUUGUGAGAAA